GAACCAUCGGGGCGCUGGCGCUGGAUCCAAUAUCAAAAGACGUUGCCAUUUCACCCCUCACGUUGGCACUGCCUCCCUUUUUGGCCGCGGGCACUCAAACGUCGCCCACGUACUGCAUGACCCCGCACUGCACGCACCCAUAUCAUGCCGGAUUGAUUACACGGUUGAACCCCUCUUUUGCGUAUUCGCUAUCGUUUUCUGCAGUUGUCCCGAGUAGUCUGCUAGUCAAUUCACUGGCUCCGCAACACCCCGCCUUUUCCGGCAUCUGACGUUGCUAGAUGCUGAUGGAUGGAGUCUACGGGUUCUGACACUGGCCAACACCUCUGCGCUCCCCCAGCCGGACCCGACGACGGCCGCGUUUCCUCGCAGUCGGUCCCAUUGCGUCCAGAGCGCAACAGCAUCGUCCCGCCGUUUUGGAAACGAGACGAGCAGACCGAGGACCUGAGCAGCAACCAGAGCCUCACGAACGGUGCGGGACCGGUCCAUGACGUCGCCCAUCCAGCGCCCAUCCACCUCGAAGACCACACCGACGAAACCUCCGAUCAGUGCAAAGCGCUCUGGGCCAGGUGUGUCACGAUUGAUGAUUACGUGAUUGUGGGUGGGACGGCGCCGGGCGCCGGGUCCUAUGUCGUGUGGAACUGCACCGUUGAGACUUUGGACGGUGGCCCUAUGAAGAUUCGCAAGAGGUAUUCCGAGUUCGAUGAGUUGCGGCGGAAACUGGUUGAGACAUUUCCUCACGCAAAAGGCGCCAUCCCACCACUGCCGCCCAAGAGUGUGAUCUCCAAAUUCCGGCCGCGCUUUCUAGAACGUCGACAUGCCGGCCUGUCCUACUUUUUGAACUGCAUCCUCUUGAACCCAGAAUUCGCUGGCUCCCCCGUGGUCAAGGAGUUUCUCUUCGCCUGAUGUCCAUAGUUUGAUUUCUCUGUUGAUACUUGUCUCAGGUUUGUAUGCUAAUGACUUGUCGCUAAGCGUUUUGGAACAAUUAAGAAGACGGCUGAAAAAAGCACAAUUCAUUUGUCUCUCUACGAAGGCAGAUACCACAUCAGCGUUUGUUCUGGCUUAAUGAGUACUGUACACAGUAGAAACGGAAAGUGAGCAUGCAUUUGUUCUAAACCCAACGACAAAACGAAUUUCCUACCGCAUCUGUCUUACGCUC